AUGCCGCUUAAAACAAUUUACCCCUCUAUGUCAUUGCCCGUAGUUAUUAGUUUCGUCCCAAACAGAACUAACUGGUUUACAACAGAAUUUUCUGUGGUAAUAUUUUUAUGGUGUUGUACAUAUCUAAGUAAAAGCGGUGUGAGAAAAAGCAGUAAGUGGUCUUCUAAAUGGAGGUCUCCGGCAACCAUUUUACAGGUUCUAUUGUUUGGAAAUAUAGGUCUUAUUAUUGUGGAUCACAUACAUUUCCAGUACAAUGGUUUCCUUUAUGGUAUUCUUUUGAUCUCAAUAUCGAAAUUGUUUCAGGCGAAAUGCCUACAAUCAGCUAUUUAUUUUACAAUACUAUUAAAUUUAAAACACAUAUUUAUUUAUGUGGCUCCACCUUAUUUUAUAUAUUUAUUAAGAAAUUACUGUUUUUUAAACACUACCCCUGGUUUAACCAUUAAUUGGAAUUCAUUUUCAAGGAACAGAUUUUUUAAAUUAUCAUCAGUUGUUAUAGUCAUAUUUUUAAUAUCUUUCGGUCCUUUUAUUAUUUUAAAUCAAAUGAAACAAAUAAUAUUAAGACUUUUCCCAUUUAAAAGAGGUCUUUGCCAUGCUUACUGGGCUCCAAAUUUUUGGGCUCUAUAUAACACAAUAGAUAGAAUACUUGCAUUAACACUUCAAAAGUUUAGCAGCAGUCAUACUUUUAAUAAUACCAUGACAAGAGGUUUAGUUCAAGAUAUUGAACACACAGUUUUUCCAAAUGUGCAUCCCAAAACAACAUUCUUUUUAACAUUUUUGACAAUUCUACCUUGCUUGAUAAAGUUGUGGCGAUGGCCAGAGAAAAUAUACAAUCAAUGA